AUGGAAAAUCUGUUAAUUGGUAUUUAUAAAAAUAUUUUCGCCGUAUUAACAAAUUUGAAAUAUUUGGAUUUGAAUGUAAAUGACACUUAUGCUUUCGGGAAAUCAGUGCUGAAAGGUUUACCUUCUAAUAUAUGUUGCUCGUCGAGUAUCGUUCAUUUACGCAUCAAAAUGAACAAUUUUGAAGAUUUUCUUAGUCUAAUGGAUGGUCGACUAAGUCAAUUACAUACGUUUAUUAUCGAUCUUGAUUAUAUCUAUGAUACAUGCUAUGCUGCGCUUCGUUUUCAUCGUUGGCGAUUCAAUAUGAGAUAUGUUUCAUCAAGCGUUUUAAAUAUUGUGAAAACUCUACGUACACUCAAACGCUUUUCUCUAUAUGUAUAUCAUUCAACAGCUGAAUUCGAUAGUCACAUUGCGCCGGUUCUUCGCAGAAUGUCGAAUUUGGAACAACUCACUUUAUCUCUUCGUAUUCGUGAACGAACUUCAUUCAUUGAUGGUACCCAUCUGCACAACUAUAUACUUAAUAGUAUGCCACAUUUACAUUCAUUUUUCUUCGACAUUGUUACCGAGCGUGUAAGGCUUGAUCAACAACUUAGACCGUCUCCUGGUGAUAUUCUAUCGGCAUUCAUCGAAAGAGGAUACAAUGCUGAUUGCUACAUCAACUAUGAUCAUCAUGGUUUAGGCCGAUGUCAUGUUUAUUCAUUGCCAUUCAAUAUGGAACGUAUACGGCCAAUUACGGGCAGUUUCCCUGGUGGUAGAUUCAUGAAUAUUCGUGUUCUGCAUAUUUUUGACACUAUCCAAUCUUUCGAACACGAGUUCUUCGCUCAAAUUUCGCUUUCAUUUCCAGUACUCAAUCAUCUGACACUCAGUAAUAAAAUAUCAAAAAAUGUGACACCUUUACAACAAGUUUUGAAACCUGAAAAUGCAACAUCGGUUAUUGAGUAUUCUCAUCUCGUUGAACUUUACUGUUUUGAUGUACAUAUCGACUAUGUAGAGCAAUUUCUUUCCAACUUGAACACACGUCUACCUUGCCUUAGCAAGCUUCAUGUUAAAUAUGAACAUUUGGUAACUGUAACAGAGAAUUUUACAAGAAAUGCAACUCGUAUCAAUUGUGCAAAAUUGAAACAUAUUGAUUUUGUUUAUAAUGUGAAAAUAAUGCGAUCAAAAAACUUUUAUCUUUAUUUUCCUUUAUUGUAUCACCAUAAAUCGCAUUAUUCAUAG